UAAAAAUUAACUUUAUUAUUAAUUGCUCGUUAGUCGUUACCUACGAAGUUAAAAUUCAACUCUAAAAUUUGCAAACUGAAAACAGGUGAUUAGCUACAAUGCGCCUUCACUUUGUUCUUCACUGUGACCACUGAAAUUUGCAAUUAAGUCCUCGUCACUCACAUGCAGGUUUAUGAAAUUAGUUGGUAGUUAAGGUUAGAGUAUGAAGAAUUUUGUUAUGCAAUUAAAUAAGAGUGUUAGAAUUACUGGAAGUUGAAUUGUUAAUUGCAGCAGUGAGGUAUGAUGGAAGUGUUGGAAGAUAGGUGUGAUCAACCGAAGGGUUUAGAGAACGAAAAGGGAAUUGUUGUUGCUGAAUGUGUUGAUGCAUAUGGUGUUAUAAGCGCAAAACGUAAGCGAGGUAGGCCGAAGGGUGUAAAGAAUAAGAAGAAACGUUUUGGAGGUGUUGGAAAUGAGGGUGUGAGUGGGAAUAGUGGUUCCAUGGCGGAUUUGGAGAUGGAGAAGCGUGUUGUUUUGGGCGAUGAAGUGAAAGAAUCGACUGUUGAAACUGCUGGAACUGGAAGUGUUGAUUAUGUAGAUGCACAUGACGUUAUACACGCAACGCGUAAGCGAGGCAGGCCAAAGGGUGUAAAGAAUAAGAAGAAACGUGUCGUAGGUGUUGGAAACGAGGAUGUGAGCCGAAAUAAUGGGGAGUGCAACAAUGUUGAUGGUACGUUUUCCAUGGCGGAUUUGGAGAAUGAUAAUAGUGUUGGUUUGGGCGAUGGAGUGAAAGAAUCGAUUGUUGAAGCUGCUGGGAGUGUUAAAUGUGUAGAUGCACAGGGCAUUAUACAUGCAAAAGGUAAGCGAGGCAGGAAAAAGGGUGUAAAGAAUAAGAAGAAACAUUUCGUCGGAGUUGGAAACGAGGAUGUGAGCCAAAUUACUGGGCAGUACUGCAACAAUGUUGAAGGCACAUUCUCCAUGCCAGAUUUAGAGAAUGACAAGAGUGUUGUUUUGGGUGAAAAAGUGAAAGAAUCGACUGUUGAAGCGGCUGGGAGUGUUAAAUGUGUAGAUGCACACGGCAUUAUACCUGCAAAAGGUAAGCGAGGCAGGAAAAAGGGUGUAAAGAAUAAGAAGAAGCAUUUCAUAGGAAUUGGAAACAAGGAUGUGAGCCAAAAUAAUGGGGAGUGCAACAAUGUUGUUUUGGGUGAUAAAGUGAAAGAAUCGACUGUUGAAGCUGCUGGGAGUGUUAAAUGUGUAGAUGCACACGGCAUUAUACCUGCAAAAGUUAAGCGAGGCAGGAAAAAGGGUGUAAAGAAUAAGAAGAAGCAUUUCAUAGGAGUUGGAAACAAGGAUGUGAGCCAAAAUAAUGGGGAGUGCAACAAUGUUGUUUUGGGUGAUAAAGUGAAAGAAUCGACUGUUGAAGCUGAUGGGAGUGUUAAAUGUGUAGAUGCACACGGCAUUAUACCUGCAAAAGGUAAGCGAGGCAGGAAAAAGGGCGUAAAGAAUAAGAAGAAGCAUUUCGUAGGAGUUGGAAACGAGGAUGUGAGCCAAAAUAAUGGGGAGUGCAACAAUGUUGUUUUGGGUGAUGAAGUGAAAGAAUCGACUAUUGAAGCUGCUGGAAGUGUUAAAUAUGUAGAUGCACAUGACACUAUACACGCAACACGAAAGAGAGGCAGGCUAAAGGGUGUUAAAAAUAAGAAGAAACAUCCCGUAGGUGCUGGAAAUGAGGAUGUGAGCCGAAAUAAUGGGGAGUGCAACAAUGUUAAGGGCACGUUUUCUAUACCAGACUUGGAGAAUGAUAAGAGUGUUUUUCUGGGUGAUAAAGUGAAAGAAUCGACUGUUGAAGCUGCUGGAAGUGUUAAAUAUGUAGAUGCACGUGACACUAUACACGCAACACGGAAGAGAGGCAGGCUAAAGGGUGUUAAGAAUAAGAAGAAACAUUUCAUAGGUGUUGGAAACGAGGAUGUGAGUCAAAAUAAUGGGGAGUGCAACAAUGCUGAGGGCACAUUUUCCAUGGCAGAUUUGGAGAAUGAUAAGAGAGUUGUUUUGGGUGAUGAAGUGAAAGAAUUGACUGUUGCAGCUGCUGGAAGUGUUAAAUGUGUAGAUGCACACGGCAUUAUACAUGCAAAAGGUAAGCGAGGCAGGCCCAAGGGUGUAAAAAAUAAGAAAAAAAAUCUCGUAGGUGUUGGAAACAAGGAAGAAAGCCGAAAAGCUGGGGAGUGCAACAAUGUCGAGGGCACAUUUUCCAUGACAGAUUUGGAGAAUGAAAAGAGUGUUGUUUUGGGUGACGAAGUGAAAGAAACGGCUGUUGAAGCUGCUGGAAGUGUUAAACACGUAGAUGCACAUGACAUUAUACACGAAUUAUGUAAGCCAGGCAAGCCAAAGGGUUUAAAGAAUAAGAAGAAACAUCUCAUAGGUGUUGGGACCGAGGAAGUAAGCCGAAAUAUUGGGGAGUGCAACAAUGUCGAGGGUACAUUUUCCAUGUCAAAUUUGAAUAGUAAUAAGAGUGUUUUGGGCGAUGAAGUGAAAGAACUGACUGUUGAAGCUGCUGGAAGUAUUAAACGUGUAGAUGCACAUGGCAUUUUACCCCGUAAACGUAAGCUAGGCAGGCCAAAGGGUUCAAAGAAUAAGAAGAAACAUCUCAUAGGUGUCGGAAGCAAAGAAGUAAGCCGAAAUAUUGGGGAGUGCAACAAUGUAGAGGGCACAUUUUCCAUGGCAGAUUCGGCGAAUGAUAAGAGUGGUGUUUUGGGCGAUGAAGUGAAAGAAAUGACUGUUGAAGCUGCUGUAAGUAAUGAAGUAAGUGAGAUUAACACUCACUCUGGCAAUGCUUCCAAGAGGCGUAGAGGAAGGCCAAAGAAAUUAAGCACAUUACCAGAAAAUUCUGAAUUAUUGGACACUACUGAGAACAAGAAUGUCCAUAAGAGUUUGAUGUGCCACCAGUGUUUGAAGAGUGAUAAGAAUGGCGUUGUUAUUUGUUCCAAUUGUAGAAGGAAACGCUAUUGCUACGAAUGCCUUGCAAAGUGGUACCCGGAGAAAACAAGGGAGCAGAUAGAGAUUGCAUGCCCUUUCUGUCGUGGUAAUUGUAAUUGCAGAAUAUGCCUAAAGGAAGAUGUAGCUGUGAAGGGUGGGAUUAGCGAAGCAGAUAAGUAUGCCAAGUUGCAAAAUAUCUUUUAUCUGCUUCACAAGACUAAUCCUGUGCUGAAGCAUAUUCAGGAGGAGCAGAGCUCUGAACUGGAAGUGGAGGCAGGGAUUUGUGGUGUUCAAUUGACAGAAGAGGAUGUACUGAAAGCUGAACUUGAUGACGAUGAUAGAUUAUAUUGUGACAAUUGCAAUACAUCCAUUGUUAAUUUUCACAGAAGCUGCUGCAGUGCUAGUUGUACUUAUGAUCUUUGCCUGAAUUGCUGUCGUGAAAUAAGAGAAGGAGUUCAGCCUGGAGGCAGUGAAGCUGAAUCAUCCUCUUCACUUCGUCAUUUUGCUGAAAGAAUUAACGGACAAGACGCAUAUUUGAAUGACCAGAAGACUAUGAAUAGGGAAAAAAAUUGUUGGGAGAUGCAAGUGUCCAAUACAGAAAAUGAGUGUAACACUGAGUUGCCGUACAACUUUCCCGAUUGGAGACCAGAGACUAAUGGGCAGAUUCCUUGCCCUCCGAAAGCACAGGGUGGUUGUGGUACCGGGAUGCUUGUACUGAGAUGUGUUUUUGAAGCUAAUAUGGUUAAAGAGCUAAUUAAGAGUAUAGAGGAACUCAGUACUCAAUUUAAGCCACCAGAUACGGAUUUCUUUCAGGGCUGUUAUUUGUGCCGCCCUUUCAUUUCUACUAAUUGCAGAAUGAAAGACUUUGAAGUGAGAAAGGCAGCGGAUAGGAAGAAAAGUAAUGAUAAUUUUCUCUACUGUCCAAAUGCUCUUUGGCUCAUAGGCAAUGAAUUUGAGCAUUUUCAAAUGCAUUGGAUGAGAGGUGAACCCAUCAUAGUUAGAAAUGUACUUGAAAAAACUUCUGGUUUGAGUUGGGAACCAAUGGUUAUGUGGAGGGCUCUUUUAGGUGCACAAAAGAUAUUAAAAGAAGAAGCACAGAGGGUGAAAGCAAUAGAUUGCCUGGACUGGUGUGAGGUUGAAAUUAACAUUUUCCAGUUUUUCAAAGGUUACUUAGAGGGUCGUAACUAUAGAAAUGGGUGGCCGGAGAUGCUGAAGCUGAAGGAUUGGCCCCCAUCAAAUUCAUUUGAAGAAUGCUUGCCAAGGCAUGGUGCUGAAUUUAUGGCUAUGCUUCCUUUUAGUGAAUAUACCCAUCCAAAAUCAGGUGUUCUAAAUCUUGCUACAAAGCUUCCUGCUGUCUUGAAACCAGACUUGGGACCCAAAACAUACAUAGCUUAUGGAUCUCUUGAAGAACUUGGUAGAGGCGAUUCAGUGACGAAACUGCACUGUGACAUAUCUGAUGCGGUCAAUGUACUCACUCACAUGACUGAAAUAAAGAUUCCAGCUUGGCAAAAAAAAGUUAUAAAUAAACUACAGAAGAAAUACGAUGAAGAAGAUUUGCAUCAGAUUUCUGGUGACAUGCCAAAAGCUUCAGGUACAAUUGGAAGGAAGCCAAUAAAAAGAACUCAUAAAGAUGAGAGCUUAGAUACUGAAUUUUCUCAAAAAGAGGAAAUCAUUGAGACAGAUUCUUCAUUAGAAUGGCUGCAUAUACAUGAAAAAAUAUUGGAUGAAGAACAAAAUAAAUGCGUAGAGUGGCGUACUUUGGGAUCGUGUGGCACCCAGUUUUCCUCAAAGUAUCCCACUUCUACAGGAAUUACAGAAAUUGAAAAUACUGAUGAACAGUUGGUUGGAAACUUGAAUCCAAGGGUGCCGCAUUCUAGCUCCCAUAUGUCCAGCUCCUUGUGGGACGGACAUUCUGAGAAGACAAAUGAUAUGGUCAAGAAACUUGACAAGCUGAAAGUGUAUUCAUCAAAAGUUGGUGACCUUAUUGAUGUUAAUUCGUUGCGUACCAGCACAUCUGAUGGCCCUGUCGGAGAUGAAAUCAUGGGCAUGAGGGCUGAAGAAAAUAGCUCUUGUUCUCCGAGUCAUGAAAAUGAUAAAUGCUUCAGCAAUAGCAAUGUAUUAGAGGAAUUGAAUGAUAUGGAAUCUACUGAUUUGCAUGGAAACUUGAGUAGGAAAUCUCUUCAAGACAAUUGUGCAGCAGAUAUCCAAUAUGGUGGUGCUGUGUGGGACAUUUUUCGUAGGCAGGAUGUACCCAAGUUAAUUGAGUACUUGAAGAAGCAUCAGAAAGAGUUUCGUCAUAUCAGUAAUCUUCCUGUGAAUCCUGUUAUUCAUCCUAUUCAUGACCAGACCUUUUAUCUCAAUGACAAACAUAAAAGGCAGUUGAAGGAGGAGUUCAGUGUUGAACCUUGGACAUUCGAGCAACACCUUGGUGAGGCUGUUUUCAUUCCUGCAGGGUGUCCACAUCAAGUGAGGAAUAGAAAGUCAUGCAUAAAAGUUGCCCUUGAUUUUGUAUCUCCUGACAAUGUUCAAGAAUGCAUCCGACUGACUGAAGAGUUCCGAAUGCUUCCAAAAAACCAUAGAGCUAAAGAAGAUAAAUUGGAGGUAAAGAAGAUGGCACUAUUUGCUGCAAGAUCUGCUGUUAGUGAUGCAAGAAGUCUUACUUCUGAACUCCAUUCUUCAAAUCGGGACGUGCAAGUUCAAGAAAAUGUACCCUAAUUUUAUAAAUAAAGCUGUCCUCUGCAAGUUGUAUCGGGUUUAACGUAGACUGUAGCUAUGAAGUAAAUUGAUGUGAGUUGUAUAAUUGCAGAACAGCAUCCUAUAUGUCCUUCACAAUAGGUUACCGUAGAUUGUAUCAUGGUUUCGACACAGGUUCGACAUGUUCGAGAAAUGGCUAUUGCAAUUUUUAAUAUACAGCAAGUGUUAGAUUUGGAA